AUGGCUGUCCAUUCUUUCGAGAGAAUCUCUUCCUUGUUCCUGUUUUUUAUUCUUUCUUCCAUAUUUUCAUUUGGUGCUUCCACCCGUACAAUCACAAACUAUACAUUCUCAAUCGGAGAAGCAACGGUAAAAGAUAUAAAACAAAGUAUUGAGAGAAACCAACUCACCUCGAGGCAACUCGUUGAGUUCUAUCUCGGAGAAAUCUCCAGACUCAACGGUCUCCUUAAAGGGGUCAUAGAAGUGAACCCCGACGCAUUGCUCCAAGCUGAUGCUGCCGAUAAAGAAAGGAAGUGUAAACUUCCUGGUUCACUGCCUGACUUGCACGGCAUUCCCAUUCUGCUCAAGGAUACCAUUGCUACCAAAGAUAAGCUGAAUACCACGGCCGGCUCCUUUGCAUUGCUCGGGUCGGUUGUGCCGAGAGAUGCUGGCGUGGUGAACAAGCUGAGACAAGCGGGAGCAAUCAUUCUGGGUAAGGCUAGCCUGAGUGAAUGGGCUGAUUUUAGGUCGAUUAAUGCACCUGCUGGCUUUAGUCCUCGAAGUGGACAGGGAAAGAAUCCUUAUGUCUUGUCCGCUACUCCGUGUGGGUCAAGUAGUGGACCGGCAAUCUCAGUGGCUGCAAACUUGGUAACAGUGUCAUUAGGGACCGAGACAGACGGUUCCAUCUUAUGUCCCGCCAGCUUUAACUCGGUGGUCGGUCUCAAACCUACUGUUGGUCUCACGAGCCGAGCCGGGGUCAUUCCGGUUACUCCAAGACAGGACACCAUUGGGCCUAUCUGUCGGACAGUAUCGGAUGCCGUGUACGUUCUUGAUGCCAUUGCGGGCUUCGAUUCUAACGAUGAAGCAACUAGACCUGCAUCGUACUAUAUCCCACCCGGUGGCUACAAACGAUUCCUUAAUCCCUAUGGGCUCCAAGGAAAGAGAUUGGGGGUAGUGAGAGAUCCAUUUUUCAAAACCAUUGGACUCGGUUUGGUUCAGACUUUUGAGAGCCAUUUUGAAACACUAAGGCGACUAGGUGCCAUUGUUGUUGACAAUUUGCAAAUAUACAACAUCGAUGUCAUAUUAAACGUCACCGCAAGCGGCGAAGCAGCAGCAACCAUAGCCGAAUUCAAAUUGUCCUUGAACGCCUACCUCGAAGACUUGGAGGUUUCCCCGGUGCGAUCAUUGGCAGAUAUUAUAACUUUCAACCUGAAAUUCCCUGAUUUGGAAUUGACGGAUGAAAUAGGCCAGGAAAUCUUCUUGGCAGCCGAAGCCACAAGUGGGAUUGGUGCACAGGAGAAGGCAGCAUUUAAACUUGGAAAUCUUUCGAAAAAUGGAUUGGAGAAGUUGAUGAGAGAUAACGAGCUUGAUGCAGUGGUGACACCGAGGUCGGAUGCUUCUGCUGUGUAUGCAAUCGGAGGGUUCCCGGCGAUUAUUGUCCCAGCUGGGUACGAUAGCCAAGGGCUGCCCUUUGGCAUUUUGUUUGGGGGAUUGAAGGGGUCCGAGAGCAAGCUAAUUGAAAUCGCAUAUGCCUUUGAGCAAGCUACUAUGAUUAGGAAACCUCCUUCAUUCAAACCUUGAAAAAUAAGAU